UGUCUCACAACUUGAUGAAUUUCCACAAAAAGACAAGUCCAUGAAAGAUAGAUAAAGACCAAACAUUAAGAUAUACUUGCAUUAAAGAAGGGGCAGUACAGUACAGUACAUGAGAGGAAUGGUGCGUUGUGGUGUUACUGUAAUAAACUCGUGGAGUAAAUAUUGCAAGAUGGUCUCCGUGCAUUCAAAUUUCAAACCCCAAGUUCUACCAACCAAUGAAAAGAUAUCUCUUUAAAUGGCUCACUAAUAAUGUCAGAAAUUGCAUUAACGAGAAUUGAGUUAGUGUUCAUGGUUAUGAGGAGACAGCAUGUUUAGGAAACCUCUAUCCCAAGUUUCUCUUUUAUCCAAGGUUCUUCUUCUUAUUGAUCUAUAAUAUUACGACUGAUGCUAACUUAUUGAUAAUCUCAAUCUAACCCAUAGGAAAACUGAGAAUAAUUGGUCUCUGAAUUUCUAAGCAUAUGAAAAUUAUAAUUAGAAGGCUGUAAGAAAUACCUGGUUGUUUGAAAUCAUUCUUGAUGACUAAUUCAUGUCCACCAAGAAAAGAAUCUCGUUUAAAAAAAAUAUUGGAUGUGACCAAUAUAAUUUAAAGUGUGUUAUACUAAACCCAAGACUCUAGAUUUCCCUACUUACCCAAAAUUACUCUUAUUUUUUUUGGUUUCUUGGAGCAUAGAAGAAGUAGGUUCAUGAAACCUAUCAAUGGACUAGAGAUUCUUUACCUGGCCAUUUACCUUUACUUACAGAAAUAUUCUUGCUUGAACAAAUCGAACUUUUGUGUGUAUAUAUCCAACGCCAUAGUGCUAAAGACGUUUGUUCAAAGAGAUAAACGAGAAGAAAAGAUCUUUAAAGACGAGAUGGGCGUAAUUAUUGUGAUUGCAAAACGUUUUGAUGCUCUAAUUGGGCCUGGAGUUAUGCUUCUCUAUCCUUUGUAUGCAUCGUUACGAGCAAUAGAGAGUCCAACGAUGUUAGAUGAUCAACAAUGGCUUACAUAUUGGAUAAUCUACUCUUUAAUUACAAUAUUCGAGCUAUCAUUUUGGAGAAUCCUUGCCUGGCUACCAUUUUGGCCAUACAUAAAGCUAUUGUUCUGUAUGUGGUUGGUGUUACCAAUGUUCAGUGGUGCAGCUUACAUCUACUCCAAUUUUGUGAGAAAAUACGUUAAGAUUGGAAUGAACGUUGGAGGGGGAACGAAUUAUACAGAUGAACAGAGAAGAGUUCCACAGAUGAUGAGUCUUGAUGCUAGAAAAUCGGUUCAAGAUUAUGUUGACCGGUUUGGAUGGGAUUCCGUUGAGAAAGCAAUCAAAGCGGCUGAAAGAGAAACAAAGAAGCACUGAAAUGGAAGAUUGCGAAUCAAGAAACAUUGCUCUUUGCUUUCUUGUUUUUCAACGCGUUGGUAUAUUUGUGUAGAGAAAUACUUCAAUGGAAAAAAAAAAUAUUUGUGCUAUUUCAUUAUGAGCAAAGAUAUUACAUUGUUUAGUUAUUUUGUAUAGUUCCAAGUAAAUUUAAUAGAUUUUGAGCAAAACAAAAACAAAAUACCGAACUUAAUGAUGCUAAAAAAAUAUAGGUAUUUAACCGAUUUAGAACUAAGAACGAAAAUUCUAUAAAAUAUCUAUAUAAAUAAAUUAAAAAUUAUUUUCUGGCAAAUCAAAAACCAAUCCAAAUAUCCAAAACCAAGCCCAAACGGCCCACUAAAGAUGAUAUGUCCGUAUAAUUUUUCUUUUUUCUCAUUUUCCAUAUACGAAUUUAAAAAAAUGUUUUUGGUCAUACGUCACGGUCUUAAAAUAUAUUUACUGGUAAAUUAGUUUAAGUGGGAAAGUUAAUAAUUACUGUAUUUUCCAAAAACCCCUCUCUCUCUCGUAGUAGAUUCAAAGCUCCUCCAUAAACUCUAUUGACCAAUCUAGGGUUCCUCUCUUAACCCUGUCUCACACUCGUCAAACCUCUUCCGCUGUCGCCAAGCUUGAGCCUUUCUCAGUUCUGGCUUCAUUGGAUA